AUGCUCCUGAGGCUGGUCUCCCUGCUGCUGGCCGCCCAGCUGCACCUCGCUCUGGCCCAGCCGCCGGCACCUGCCGACGACCGAGCGCCGCCGCCCCCCGCCGCCGCCCCGCCGCCGCCCCGGCCCCGGCCCCGGCCCGGCCCUCCCCCCGGGCCGCCCCGCCGGGCCAGCGGCGUCGUGCGGCGUCUCGACCCGACCUACGCGGGGGGCGGCAAGGCGGGCUACGUCCUCUACGCCGGGGGCCAGCGCUUCCUCCUCGACCUGGAGCGCGACGAGGCGGUGGGGGCGCGGGCGCCGCGGGCCGGCGGGCCGCCGCGCUGCUACUACCGCGGCACGGUGGACGGCAGCCCGCGCUCCCUGGCCGUCUUCAACCUCUGCGGCGGCCUCGACGGCUUCUUCGCCGUCGGCCGCGCCCGCUACACCGUCCGGCCGGCGCGGCGCGGCGGGGAGGCGGCCGGCCCGCGGAUCUACGGGGAGGGCCCGGCCCGCGCCCCGCACCUCUUCCGCAGGGACGGCUUCAGCUUCGAGACGGUGCCGGCCCGCACCAGCUGCGAGACCCGUGACCCGGCCGCGGCGGCGGCGGCGGCGGCGGCGGCGGGGGACGGCCGCGGGCGGCGGCGGCGGCGUCGCUCCGUCUCCCGGGCCCGGCAGGUGGAGCUGCUGCUGGUGGCCGACGCCUCCAUGGUCCGCAAGUACGGGAAGGGGCUGCAGCACUACCUGCUCACCUUGUCCUCCAUCGCCUCCCGGCUCUACGCCCACGCCAGCCUGGAGAACCACGUCCGGCUGGCCGUGGUGAAGGUGGUGGCCCUGGGAGAGAAGGAGAAGGGGCUGGAGGUCAACAGGAAUGCCGCCACCACUCUCAAGAACUUCUGCAAGUGGCAGCACCAGCACAACCGCCUCGAUGACGACCACGAUGAGCACUACGAUGCCGCCAUCCUCUUCACCCGCGAGGAUUUAUGUGGGCAUCAUUCAUGUGAUACUCUGGGAAUGGCAGACGUUGGGACCAUAUGCUCUCCUGAGCGCAGCUGUGCAGUGAUUGAAGAUGACGGCCUCCAUGCAGCUUUUACAGUGGCUCACGAAAUUGGGCACUUGCUUGGGCUUUCCCAUGAUGACUCCAAAUUUUGUGAGGAGAAUUUUGGCUCCAUGGAAGAUAAGCGCCUGAUGUCCUCCAUUCUGACUAGCAUCGAUGCUUCAAAACCCUGGUCCAAAUGCACUUCAGCAACUAUUACAGAAUUUUUCGAUGAUGGCCAUGGUAACUGUUUGCUGGACCAGCCAAGGAAGCAGAUCCUGGGCCCCGAGGAGCUUCCGGGACAAACCUACGAUGCCAUUCGUCAGUGCAAACUGGCGUUUGGACCCGAAUACACAGUGUGUCCCGGUAUGGAUGUGUGCUCUCGCCUCUGGUGUGCAGUUGUGCGCCAAGGUCAGAUGGUUUGUCUGACCAAGAAGCUGCCUGCUGUGGAGGGAACACCAUGUGGAAAAGGGAGGAUCUGCCUCCAGGGAAAAUGUGUUGACAAAACCAAGAAGAAAUACUACUCAGCUUCAAGCCAUGGUAACUGGGGGUCCUGGGGACCCUGGGGACAGUGCUCCCGUACCUGUGGCGGAGGAGUUCAGUUUGCUUAUCGUCACUGCAACAACCCAGCUCCUAGAAACAACGGCCGGUACUGCACUGGCAAGAGGGCCAUCUACCGCUCCUGCAACGUCGCACCCUGCCCAGCAAAUGCUAAAUCUUUUCGACAAGAGCAGUGUGAAGCAAGGAAUGGCUAUCAGUCUGACGCAAAGGGUGUCAAGACAUUUGUUGAAUGGGUCCCCAAGUAUGCUGGAGUACUUCCCGGAGACGUUUGCAAGCUCACCUGCCGAGCCAAAGGAACUGGUUAUUAUGUGGUAUUUUCUCAGAAGGUAACUGAUGGUACUGAAUGUCGACCAUACAGUAAUUCAGUCUGCGUCCGGGGAAAAUGCAUCCGAACUGGUUGCGAUGGCAUCAUCGGUUCAAAGCUCCAGUAUGACAAAUGCGGGGUGUGUGGAGGAGACAAUUCCAGCUGCACAAAAGUCAUGGGAACCUUUACCAAAAAGAGCAAGGGCUACACAGAUGUAGUGAAAAUCCCGGAAGGAGCAACCCACAUCAAAGUUAGGCAGUUCAAGACUAAGGACCAGAGCAGGUUCACUGCCUACCUGGCCCUGAAAAAGAAAAACGGUGAGUACCUUGUCAAUGGAAAAUAUAUGAUCUCCACUUCAGAAACAAUCAUUGACAUCAACGGGACUGUCAUGAACUACAGCGGCUGGAGUCACAAAGAUGAUUUCUUGCACGCAAUGGGACACUCUGCCACGAAAGAGGUUCUUAUUGUGCAGAUACUUGCAACUGAUCCAACUCAACCAGUGGAUGUCCGCUAUAGUUUCUUCGUGCCAAAGAAGCAAGGGCAAAUGACUAACUCUGUCACCAGCAGUGGCAGCAGCAGCAGCAAAGUAACUCCACAGCUCAUGCAACCCCGCUGGGUUACGGGGCCGUGGCUUUCUUGUUCUCGAACAUGCGACACAGGAUGGCACACCAGGACUGUCCAGUGCAAAGACGGGAAUGGAAAAUUAGCUAAGGGAUGUCUUCUCUCUCAGAGACCAUCAGCAUUUAAACAGUGCUUGUUGAAAAAGUGUUAACCUGUGGUUGUGAUCUUC